UUCCCUUCCGAGCAGCUAGGAGGAUGAUGCAAGUUCGUUGUCGUAGGAAAUAAGAAUAAUUCUAACCAAUGUUAUUUUGAUACGUCUCCUUCGGUAUAUGUAGAUAUCCGGCGUAUAUUUCGGUCUUGUCAUUUACCGUCUCAACGACCAGUGGUCUCACGUUCGAAAACGAAGUAAAUAGGUGUUUUGCUGAAAACUGAUUUGGAAGCAUUUUUGGCGUUGUAACGUACUUCCAUAAGAGGGAUGGAAGCCUUUAAGAAUUGUACAAUAUUAUGGAUAUUUAUUGUGCUGGUCGGUAGUGUCUUAAUUAGUGGAGCCUUAGGUUGGGGCAAUAAAGACAAGAUAAGAUUAACAGAUGUCAGUGUCAUUACAUUACAUCCUGGAAAAAUGACAAAGUCCCGUCGUACCCACCCUGUUCCCCAGUUAAAGUGUGUUGGUGGCUCAGCAGGUUGUUCAGCUUUUACUCCAAGUGUUGUUCAGUGUUACAACCGAGGGUCUGAUGGCUAUGAUGUUCAGUGGGAAUGCAAGACAGACAUGGACAGUCAGUAUAAGUUUGGUGAAAUUACAGUCAGCUGUGAAGGUUAUGAUUAUCCUGAUGACCCAUACAUUCUAAAAGGUUCCUGCGGGUUGGAAUACACAAUUGACAUGGUCAGUAGUGGAAGUUAUUAUCACAGCAAUUAUCAUUCUGGGCACAGGGACAACACUUACCACAACUACAACAGUCACAGUUACCGCUCCAGGCAUUCUGGAGGUUGGCUAAGUACAAUUAUCACCUGGGGAGUCAUUGCCUGGAUUGUAUAUUACAUCUACCAGCGUUUUACAUACAACCAAUCACAGCAGAAUAAUUCAACUGGUGGUCAUAAUCAAUUUUCCAGUCCCCCACCUCCUGGAUUUCGGCCUGAGUAUACACCAGGAGGCCACACUACACAUUCCAACAGCUGGACAGGAAAUGCAGCAGGAACUGAUGGUUGGCCGGGAUUUUGGUCAGGUGCUGCCACCGGGGGACUUUUGGGAUAUCUGUUUGGAGGCUCAGGCCGUCGCAAUACUUACUAUGAUCACUAUGAUUACUAUGGUCCGAGAUACCAUCAGCGAGGACCUGGGUACGGUUUUGGUGGAGGAUCGGGCUGGUUUGGGUCCAACAACAGCUGGUCUUCAGGACGCUCCUCAGGUUGGACCUCAGGCAACAAUUACAGAGGAAGCUCCUCUCCAAGCUCUCGGACCUCCUCAGGGUUCGGUGGAACCAAACGUCGCUAAAAACUGAUUAAAAGAAAACCGUUGAUACCUCAUGCACACUUAUAUUAAAGGCUGUUCACUUCCUGACAGUAACAGGAAACCUUUCGAGGAGGGGAAGGGAGAUAUUGGUCAGCAUUGCACAUUAGAGCCCAGCUUUCUCUGUCUGAAGGCUUCAGUUGUUUGAUUAGUUCAAUAGGUAACCUAUCGUUGUUCAGCUAAUUUUUACGGCCUAAUAUUAACACUUACAUAUAAUAGUUAGUGAUUUAGGGUUAUUUUCAUAGUCGUUUACAAUAGCCAUCAUCCUCGCAAAGAAAACGUCUUCUUUUUCUACUUAGUUGAGCCUUAAAAACCAUUAUCAGGUUACUAUGAGCAACGGUAAAUUAUCCGUCGUAUUUUGUUUAUUUAAACACUAAAUUUGGUUUUACUCUAAAUUUGAAACAAGUGUCACGUACAUAAGCAACGUAAAAAGGCUUCCUCUAAGAAGCCUUCUUCUAGUAAAUAAAAGUUUUUCUAAAAUUAAAAGAAUGACAGAG